AUGUUUCCACUAUAUUUCUCGACGUACUCUUUUUCAAAGGAGGAUUUCAAAGCCGUCGACCCUGAAGUGCAAACCGUGGACAAUACACUGAAAGAAUUUUGUACGCCAAAGAUGAGAGAACUUGUGAAGCAGGGAAUCGAUGAGAUGCAUAUCAUUGAGGAAAUCCGUGCGAAUAAAGGUGUCGUUUCAAUCAUAUCGAAAACAAGCAUUUUCGCACUUUGCUUCAUGCCUUUUCUGAGCUUUGUCGAUCUGACCCCUGAUUCGACACUUUCGAAGAUUUUACACCUGACAAAAAUUUACAACUUUGUCAUUGAUUUCUUGCUCUCUCGCAGCUUGACGAUCGUUACCGGCAAACAGUUACCUUCCUGCAGACCCUUUGCGACAUCUCUCGAAACCUCG